UGUUAUUACUAUUUACUAUCGAUUUCGCCAAACUGUCAGCUGUAAAGUGUUAUUGUUCUGAUUAUUAUUUAAAAACAGCUGUUAUUAAGAAAUUUGACUUCAACUUAUUAUAAAACUCUCAUAUAUUUUCUGUUCGAUCAUUUCAGGGACAAUUUAAUGGAACAUUAUAAUCAUACUAAUUAUUUCUAUGAUUAAUUGAAGUAAAUAAUGGAAAAACCAAAUGAUAUACAAUUACAAAAUAGAUUAAUGGCCGCAAUAAUUAAAGGAGAAUUGAAAAAAGUUGAAAACAUAAUUAACUCCUUAGAAUUGUCCCCAACUGAACUAUGGCCCAACGGAUACAAAUUUCUUUGUAUCGCUACCGAAUAUAACCAAGAUGAGAUAAUAGAAUUAAUUUUAAAAACGAACGCUCCAGUUAAUAGUGUGACUGAAAAAUAUCUUAAUAGUCCAUUAAAUUCGGCAGUUAAAUUAAACAAAGUUGAAACAGUAAAGUUACUCAUACAAAAAGGUGCUGAAAUAGACAAACAAAAUAUAUAUCGACGUAAUUCAUUUGAUAUCGCAAUAGAAAAUGGUAAUUUAGAAAUACUCGAAUUAUUAGUAGAUCAUAUAUCAGAUACUAAUAUUUCGGAUGAAAGUUACAUAAAGCUACUGGCUGAUUUGCUAAAAACCAGUAACCAUAAACUUAUGGAAAAAGUCUUAACAAAAUGUCUCCACAUUGAUAUCAACCACGCAAUGGCCGCGGUUAAUUUCUUAUGCAUUGCUGUGCAAAAAAAUUAUUAUUCGAUAGUCGAAAGUUUAUUAAAUCGUCAUGUGGAUAUCAAUUUUAUAAAUUAUUCACGUUUUGGAUCACAAACAGCAUUAUACAUUGCUUGUAGAAUCGGUGAUUACAAAAUGGUUGACAUGUUACUACAAAAUGGCGCCAGUAUGGACAUUAAAUAUGAAUUUUUUUACAGUAAUUCACCUAAAAAUAUUGAUCAAUAUAAUUUAUAUCCAAUUCACAUAGCAAUUGUCUACGGAUACACUGAUAUUGUCAAAAAAUUACUUGAUUAUGGUGAUAAUAGCAAUAAAAAAUAUGUUACGCCAUUUGGAACAGAGUAUACUGCGUUGUAUUUAGCCUGUGAGUAUCACAGACAAGAAAUAGUUGAAUUACUUAUCACCCGAGGCGCUGAUAUUAAUUUCCAAGAUCACAGAGGUUAUAAAUCCAUUUUUGCAGCCGUACCUCCCAGAAAAUAUGACAAUACUAUGAAAGGUAAUUGUAAAAUUUUCAAAUAUUUGAUUGGUAAUAAAAAUCUUGUAUUAGAUUUCAUAAAUAUUAAGGCUAUUUUAAUAUCAGCGGCACAAAAACUUCAAGUUGAUAUUCUUGUGCUUACUAUUGAGUACUGUAACAAUUUAGAAGCUAGUAUACGAAAUAAAAUUUAUAAUGAUUUAAUAAAAGACCGAUCACCAAAUUUACUUCUGCACAUUGUUACGCAACACAAUAAAUUUUCGUUUAACUCUGAAGAUUUUAUUAAAUUUUUUGAUGUAUUAAUUAAAUAUGGCGUCGACAUUAAUUGUAGAGAUCAAAAUGGACGGACGUUACUCCAUAAGGCUUUUUGGUACAGACGGAAACAGUCAAUCGAAUUGUUACUAAGAUUCGGUGGUAAUUUGAAUUUAAUGUGUGACGGCGGUUACACUCCGAUUGAUUAUAUGCUUGAGCGUAAAUUAUUUGAAGCUGUUUAUAAAGAUGGAUACUAUAACGUAGAUAAUUUUAAUAAAGAUCUUGAAGACAUUGUUGAUUUUGUAAGCCAGUACGUUGUUAAGAUUAAAUUUUUGAGGUUAGAUGGUAAUAAAUGUGGUUAUGAUCAGCUGAUUAAUAGGUCAGAGAAAACAUUCAAGUAUCGAGAAAUUUAUGAAGAAGAAAUAGAAGAAAUGAAGCACAGAGUUAUUGAUAAUGGCGUAACGUUUUACGAUUUUGUAACUGCUGAUUUGUAUAAAACGGUUGUGUUUUUAGAAAACAAAGUGAUUUUUGAAACUCUUGAGUCUGGAAAUUUCGGAUCCAUGUUCCCGGAGUAUGAGAAUGUUAUAAGAGGGUGUUUCUACAAGGGUGUGGUGAGGAAGAAAUUAUUAGAUGAGGCUCAUAAGCUAACUAUUUUCAAUAUGAUAGAUAACUUACCGUAUCCUUGUAUGCGUAAUAUCAUGGAUUGCUUUAGUAAUAGUGAUUUGAAAGAUGUGAUCAGUGAAUAUGAAUUUCUUAUGAUGCCUAAAUUGAGUGGCGGUUGAAUUUGAAACAAAAAUUUAUUGUAAAAUUUUGUGAUGUUUUUAAGAUUGUUUUAAUAAAUGCUAUAAUUUUUUUUGUUCAUAA